AUGCCGACGCAAAAGAAGAAAACCCCGCGCCGCGCAACAAACCCCCAAUUCGACAGCCUCCUCACCUCUCUCCCUCUCGAACUCCGCCAAGAGAUCUACUCAUAUCUCUUCAGCAACACCAUCGUCGUCCUCCCUCGCCGCAUGAGAGGCAAUCCGAAAGGCUUGUCGCGCUCUCCACCAUUCCUCCUCACCUGCAAGGGCUUCUACUCCGAGGCCAUCGACUUCUACUACAAGCAUUCCAUCUUCCAAAUGAAGCAUGCUAGAGCCAACUCGCAACUUCCCUGCCUUCCGAAGUGGCUGAAGAAGAUCGGAAAGAAGCGAGCAGGUCUGAUUAGGGAGUUCCGUGUGGUUCCACCGGAAAUUGCGGAGGAAGUAGCUAAGCCUCCUGUUGAUCCGUUUACGCUGAUGACGGCUCGCUGCGAGAAUGCGGAGUGGACGAUUGAGAGAGCGAAGUACUGGGUCGGAAAAGACUCGGGCGUGGAGCAGUUGGCCAACGGAGUGUUCAAGAGCUGCGUCUGCGUGCACAUCGAAUUGUGCUCGGAGAAGGCCACGGCUCAGGAUCAGGUGUGGACUACUGAGCCGAUGGAGUACCUGAAGAAGUGGAAGCAUGACCAUGUUGACCCGCCAUGUGACCACAUUGUCGCGAAGGCUGAAUGUGUCUCAAGAUCCGGCGACUCUGUGUUCUCUUAUGGCGAGCAUGGCUAUCUAGCCUUCUAG